AUGACGCAGGGUGGCCGCGGGGUGGUUGGACCAUCAUUGGGGGGCGGCGCGGGGCAGCGAGCAGUCUCCUCCCGCGUCCCGCUCGAUCCUCGCCCUCCACCCGCGGCCCUCGCUGGCCAGGACGCUGCCGGUUCCGGUGAUAAUACCUCGAAAGUGGCGAAUAUACUCAACAUGCUAAGUAUUCACCAACGUAUUCGGGAGAUUGAUUGGGGGUUGUACCGUAUUAGAGUUCAUAACAUCUUCAUAAAGCUCAUACGCACCCGCAAUCCAAACGAGCCCGAAGGUGCUCAAGGAAGCCAAGAAGGUGCCCAACCAGGUGCAGAACAAGGGAUUCGAUUAACGAGAUGCCUUACCACCAGGGAUCUCACAUCCCUGGGCGUCGGAUCUUGUGUUGGUACCGGAAUGUACCUGGUAACCGGGAUGGUGGCCAGCAGGUUUGCCGGACCGGGAGUAGCUGCGAGCUUCGUCAUCGCUGCUAUAGCCAGUCUAUUUUCCGGUGUCUGCUACGCCGAGUUUGGAGUUCGCGUUCCCAAUACUACCGGGUCUGCUUACAUGUACUCCUACGUCACGGUUGGAGAAUUUGUUGCUUUCGUGGUCGGCUGGAAUAUGGUCCUUGAAUAUGUGAUUGGUACGAGUGCUUGCGCCCGCGCAUUGAGUGCCUGUAUCAAUACCUUGUUCAAUGGAGCUAUCGAGCGAUCCGUCGGCAAUAAUGUUGGAACCCUUUUCGGCAAACCUCCUGAUGUCCUUGCUUUUGGAAUUACUCUGAUGAUGACAAUGGUUUUGGUCGCUGGCGUUAAAAAAUCACUCGCUUUUAAUAACGUUCUCAACGCUGUUAACCUAACUGUAUGGGUAUUUAUCAUUACCGCUGGGAUCUUUUACAUCGAUGUCGCUAACUGGACGGAGCAUAAAGGAUUUCUACCGUACGGUUGGAGUGGUGUUUUUAGCGGUGCAGCGACUUGCUUCUACGCUUUUAUCGGAUUUGAUAUCAUUGCUACUACUGGAGAAGAGGCCAAUAAUCCCAAGAAGUCCAUCCCUCUUGCGAUUAUACUAAGUCUAGGUAUCAUUACAAUAGCUUAUGUCAGCUGUUCCUUCAUCCUGACAUUGAUGGUGCCCUAUGACCAAGUAGAUACCACCUCGGCCUUGGUGCAAAUGUUUGAUUACGUCGAUGCCCCCACCUGCAAAUUCAUUGUGGCAUUAGGUGCUCUUGCUGGUCUUACUGUUGCUAUGUUUGGCUCCAUGUUCCCCAUGCCGAGGAUUCUUUAUGCCAUGGCCCAAGACGGUCUCAUCUAUCGUCCGCUAAGCGUUGUGUCGCCUCAGACUAGUUCGCCGACAUUUGCUACGGUGAUCGGUGGGAUCACUGCGGCUUUGGUUUCCUUGGUAGUGCAACUUGAAAUCCUCGUUGAAAUGAUGAGUAUUGGAACUCUUAUCGCUUACACUUUGGUUGCCACCUGCGUGCUGAUUUUGCGUUACCAACCUAAUGCCAACAACCUGAUCGAACUGCUGCCGCAUAGUUUACGUACACCGAUUGGACCUGAGGGAACCGCUGGACGGCGAGAAACCACAAUAGAGCACGAUUUGUUACAGGUGACCUCUCAUACCCAGCUGGCCCCUAGUCAACGCAUAAUGAUUCGACGAGUGACCCAGAGUUCUCCGGAUUCUGAUGACACCAUACCCGAUGACAGCGAGGAAUAUUUCCGCGAUGACACCUAUCUCAUGAAUCCCACCGUUGAUAACAACAAGUUUUACGGAAAUAUACACUGCGGUCUGUCAGGCGGUACGACGCGCUGCGGAAGAUUUUUCAACAACAUUUACCGUCGGCUACAGGGCUUAUCUUACCUUUGCCCCGGUCUCUUUCCAUGGGUAGAAAAUGGACCGGCAUCCGAAGCGUCAGGAAUUUUCGUGGUCAAAGCUGUUGGCAUUAUGUUUGUGUUGAUAAUAAUUUUCGACCUGCUUGCUGCCUAUGCGACUCCGUCAUCUUUUGACUUUACUGCCGUCGUAACGAUGCUGCUAUUCUUCGCCAUAUUUACUAUCUUGCUCAUGAUCUCGAGGAAACCACAAAAUCGAAUUAAUCUGAUUUACCUUGCGCCAUGGUUACCUUUUGUGCCGACAAUUGCGGUUACCAUCAAUAUUUACCUGAUAUUGAACCUUUCGAUCUUGACGUUGUUGCGUUUCACGAUUUGGAUGGUCCUUGGUCUGAUUGUAUAUUUCAAAUACGGAAUUAAAAACUCUGUCCUGGAAAACCCUCCCGCGCAAGAUUCUAUUCCGCCACUGUAUCCUAACCCCUUGGAUCGGGCUACCAUUCCCCCUAUUUCUAGCCAGCCGCGUCCUAUUGGAGAUCGCAAUAUCUUUGAAGGCGAUGGAAACAACCGGAUGUUUGGAUCUGAUUUUUCUCAACCCGUACUCACUUGGCAUGUGUCUAAUCUGACGCCCCUCCCGUCGUCCAGCUAUGAGUCCUCUACCAGCCUUGGCAUUUCCCCUGGAUCGGAAAAUACUCGAGAUCAAGCCAAUAGCUCGUCCUUGCGUGGUACUUCUGGCCACACCUUCAUGAACCGUGAACACUCUCUCAAAAGUGGCGCAUCUAAUACCAACACAGGAUUUAAACAGAUCGAAACUCGUUACGAUGCUAAGACCGACAGCGUUUCUUUGCAUACCUCGAGCCGUCCUCCUUGGGCAAACCCGGACUCUCUGCAUGGCAAUUGGGACGAUUAA